CUGUGUUUCGUUAAGUUGGAAUUCCGUCAGCUGUUACUUGUCGUCGUCCGACCGUCAAAUCCAACCUCCGUAGAGAUUUCACCUUCGUCUCGGCCGUAGUUAUUUUUUUGUUUUCUUUUAUUUUUUUACCUUUUUUUCCUUCUCGGUCUUUUUGUUCUUCUUCUCACCGGUGAUAUUUGCCUUUUCGCCUCUGUUCGAACAGGAAUUCGUACCGCGGGGGGUUUUCGUUCCUGGUGGCCUCUUAGCCGACAAGCCCGCUUUUUAAAUGUUCCCGGAUUCGAAGGACGUCGGAAAUUCUUGAUAUUCCCAGAUUUGCCUUGUACCCUAAAACGAAAACUGUGCGAAAAUGUGGAAAGUGAGGGAGCUAGCGGACCGAGUGACCAAUGUUGUUAUGAACUAUACAGAAGUAGAGGCUAAAGUUAGAGAAGCUACCAAUGAUGAUGCUUGGGGUCCCACAGGUGCAUUGAUGUUGGAGAUCGCUCAAGCCACGUUCACAUUUGAGCAUUUUCCCGAAGUGAUGACAAUGCUUUGGAAACGUAUGCUUCAAGACAAUAAAAAAAACUGGAGAAGGACUUACAAAAGUUUACUUUUAUUAAAUUAUCUAGUGAGAAAUGGAUCUGAAAGAGUUGUAACAUCUUCAAGAGAACAUAUUUAUGAUUUAAGAGGCUUAGAAAAUUAUGUUUAUGUAGAUGAAUUUGGUAAAGAUCAAGGGAUCAAUAUUAGGCACAAAGUAAAAGAGUUGAUAGAUUUUAUUCAAGACGAUGAUAAACUUAGAGAAGAGAGGAAAAAAGCUAAGAAAAACAAAGAUAAAUACGUUGGACUUUCUAGUGAUGCAAUGGGAUUGAAAGGCAUAGGUGAUAGGUGGGAUGGUGGUAAAUGGGGAAAGGAAGAGUAUGAUUGGGCAGACUCAGAUAAACGAAAAGACGAAUUUGACAACAGCGAUGAGGGCGAGCGUUACGAUUCAGAAGGUGAAACACCAAUGCCUCGUGCAAAAGAAUACAGGGAUUCUGAAAAAAUAGACGAACCUAAAUCACUUGAUGACAUAAGAAAGUUAUGGUAUAUGAAAAAUCAUUCUAAACAAAUGCCGACUAAUUCUCCGUCACCACCGCCACAACAGCUUCUCCAUUCAAGCAGUAGCAGUAGUAGUAGCCCAGCAAAAAAAUUAAGUCCUGUUAAAAAGAUCGAUCUAGGAGCUGCUGUUAAUUACGGAAAGUCUGAAACAACGACAGAAGCUAAAUCAAAACCAACAAUCGAAGAUGUCCUUGGUGAUGAUCUGUUUAAUCCUAGGCAAGAUCAAACAGCAGACAACGAAUUUGGAGAUUUCACAAAUGCCUUCCCCGUUUCAACAGAUUCAAAUCAAGUCAACCCUCUGAAAUCUUUAACAAAUCCAGUGCAGACGGAAAAAGAUGAUUUUGCCGAUUUUACUUCUGCCUUCUCAAACGAGCAAGCUUUAAAUAAACCCAGCCUUGAAACAACUCAUUCACAGCCAGUAUCAUUAGUAAACGGCACUACUUUUGAAAAUAAAGCUCAAUCAAAUGCCGAUCUUUUGCUUGGGCUAAGUGUCAGUCAGACUUUGAAUACAUCUACAUCACCAGCGUUUGGCAUAUUAGACUCUCAACCCCAGUCUCUUCCCGCAGCCAUGAAUCCGUUGGAUUUCUCUGCACCACCUUUAGUUAAGGAGUGCGAGCUCAAGAAGAUUGGACCCAAGUGGUUGGAAGGGAUGAAAGCUUGUCAAAACCUGGAUGAAGCAAAAGUCUUUCUAGUCGAUAUUCUAGAGUUUUUGCCUGGCCCUUUAACCGAACAGAAGCUAAUUGGUUUAGAUGUAGAAUGUUUUGACUCAGAAACAAUUUCCUCAUUUUACAAUAGAGUUUUGAAUAUUGUUUUAAAUCUAAGUGGUUUCAAUGAAAAUGAUAUGGUUUUGAAGUUAUUCGUAUGUGAGGGAGGGUCUUCCUCGAUGUUUAGUACAUCAAUGGGCAUUUUAUUAGACCAUUUUAAAAUAACACCAAGAUUGUGCAAAAAAUCCGAUGUUAUCCUUGACAUAUUAUUUAAACUGGUCUAUUCAGAAGCAUUUGUGAGUUGCUUGUGUCUGCAGUGUUUAAAAGAGAACAGCACUGUGGAUUUAGUAUCGUGGGAAAAAUUGGUGAGAGUUUUGACAAAUCUACCGGAAAAAAUUUUGAAUAUCGAUUCUAAUGUUGCAACAUUUUCUAAAACUAAUUUUUCAAGAAUUUUAUAUUCUCAUUUAAAUAAAAUCAUGGAUUUAUUGUUUAAUACUGGAAAUUAUACAAGUAUAGAUACUAGGCCACUCGCUGUGUUUUUCAGUAGACUUAUUUUUAAUUUUCAAGAUGAUGAAUCUGUUGAAGUGUUUAUAAGAUCGAUGACUAAAUCAUCUGAGGAAAAGUACGAUUUUGAUGUUUAUUUCAGUACUGUUUUGCAAAAUGUUGAAACUUCAUCUGUUGAAAAGGCUGCAUUGGCAAUAUUGAAGUUUUCCAACAAUCCUGUAAAACUUUUAAGCCAAGACCUUAUGAAACUUGAAAAUUGGAAUUAUGUAAUUUGUAAAAAAAUUAUUUUUUAUACUUACCAUUCUAAUGAUGUUAUAUCGUCAAAUUUAAUAAAAACGUUAAUGGGUUUUAGUAUGUUGAAAAACAUUUUACUCGAGCUGACGGGAAUAUGGUCGGACAAAUCGGCUUUAAUUCACACUUCAUAUGAACAACAUUUGUAUAUUACAAAAUUAAUGCUUCUCUCUAUUAAACUAAUAAAAGAUGACAUUGACGAAGACGUUAAUUUUAAAAAUUCAUUAAUAUCAAAUUUGUUGAGAGGCGUACCUGUACAUUUAGAAUCAACCGUGGAUAACGUUAGGGCAAUUGGGAUGAUAACUGCCGAAAUCAUGCUUUCCAAUAUUAAAACUGAAUCCGAAGAAAAAUUGGAGUUUGAUUACAGUGGAAUGAAACCGAAUCAAGACGAAGUGAUUAAAUAUCUCAAAGAAUUAGAUUUUGUCACAAACAAUGUUGAAUGUAAAAAACAAAGUUUCACAGAAAUAAUAGUAAAAAAUGAGAAACACGUCGAACCUAGUUCUGAAGGGUCUACAAAUGAUCAACACAUCGAUGAUGAAUUUGAACCUUAUGAUGUUACGAAUGAUGUUAAAUUGUCUGUAUAUAAACGACCGAAAUACCUUCGUGAUCUUAUUGAAGGCCUUGGGGAGACAAAGGAUCACGAAAUAUUUGUGGAAAGUCUUAAGUCAGCAGAAGAACUAAUAUAUAAACAGUUACCAAAUGAUGAUGUUUCUCUUGCUAUCCAGUUAAGCCAGAUACUUUUGUGCUUACAGCAGAAUUUCCACUGUGACAAUUUUGAAGAUAUGAAGUUCAAAGCUUCUGUUGCAAUACUCCUUGUUUAUCCACAAGAAAUAGCGGAAUACUUAUGUGCCCAGUUUCACGCAGAAGUAGGAAAAUACUCCAUAUCUCAUAAACUGUUUGUUUUACAAGUUUUAUCAACAGGGGCCAUCGAGAUGUCCAAGCCGAAAAUGGACGCCACAGAGAGUUCUGAGGAGAAUAAAUUAAGGUCGAGAAUAAUCGGUAAAACUAGAAAAAUAGCCAGUCCGACUGUAAUUCUCAAAGGGAGUGCAAACCGUUUUGUUAAAUGUGCUGGGAGUUUCUUUUUUCCGUUGAUUCGAGGCGAUGGCGGUUUUAAAGUGCUAUACCGACCGACUCAAGACAGUCACGAUGACACUACACUUCUCUUAGUAUCACUUUUAAAAACGCUCUCAGUGAUUUUAGUGAGUGCGGUGAAUAUUUCCAUAGCGAGCAAGAUGGGCCGUGAACUGCUUGAAUCAACUUGGAAUUUGAGGUACCAUUCCGAACCGAAAGUGAGAGAAGCGAUCAUUUCUUGCAUUUUAGCCGCUGCACUCAUUCUACCGUCUGAUAUGGACUACUUCGAAGAUCUGACCGAAGCUAAAAUGUGGCUAGUCGACAUAGCGAACAAAGAGGUCGAAAAAUCAAACCAAGUGUUUGCUGCACAAACUGCCAUUUAUAUAGACAAUAAAUUUAAUUUGGAAAAUCUGAUUUAGUCUGUUAAGUUUUUAUUUUUAUUUUAUUUACUUUUUUUUAUUGAACUGCUGAAGAUAAAUAUAAUUUUAAGUCCUACAAAGUCUACAGUUUUUUUAUUUCUUUCUCAACACAAUUUCUACUUUUAAGCGUGGUUUCUUUUGACACAGCAAAUUGAGAAUUGUUUAAAUUUCAAGACAGUUUAUCAGUAGUAAUUAGCAAUAGGUGACCACAAUGUCGAUGCCACACCAGUAAAGACUCUGUUAAA